AAGCAGCACUGUUGUUUACUUUUACUCUUCCUGCUUUCCAUUUCAUUUAGUCCUUUCUUUUUUUUCAUUAGCACUUUUCCCAUUCAAUUUGAAACAUAAUUUAUUUCUAAAUAGUCAAUCUUCAACCAUGGUUGUUAAAAUAUUUGUUAGUGGUAUCUCAGCUAGUAAAGAGGUAAAAAAACACCAGCAACGGGCACAAUUCAUCCUCGACUCAUUUAGAAUUGAAUAUGAAAAAAUUGAUGUCACAGAACCUGGAUUUGAGGCGGAAAAACAGCUAAUGAAGGAAGUUUGUAAGAGAAGAAAUGAUCAAACUGCUCUUCCACCACAAUUUUUCAAUGAUGAUGAGUACUGUGGGGAUUGGAUUGAUUUCGAGACUGCCAGUGAAGAAGAUAUUUUACCAGAAUUUUUAAAACUCAAAGAAUCUCCAUCGAAACCCAAAGAGUCUGAGGAAGAACACAAAGAAGACGACAAAGUUAAAGAUAAAGAGCCUGACGAAGAGUCCGACCCAGUAAAUGGAGACAAUUGAUUAUCGUUAUACCAAUCAUUUUAUCUACAAAUUCAGAUCCAUUCUCUGAAUAAGAUUCAACUUGAUCAACUGGUCUCAUUUCUCUUAAAAUUUUAAAGAUCUUUUACGAUUUUCUUUAUCAACUAUAACUAUGCACGAAUCUUUUCACCUUAUCAAUUGUUUAAUUACCUUCAAACAAAUAAUAAUGUUAAGCUUCAUAAAUUAUUUUAUCCUCUUCUGACUUGGAUAAAAUCUAAUCUGAUACCAAAUAAAUCAAUUAAAUGUUUA